UAACUUUUCACUUUACUCUCAUCAUCAUCAUCUCUCUUUCUUUUCUUUCUUUUUCUUUUUCUUUUUCUUUCUCUAUUAUUACUAGGGGCCGAUUCGCUCUCUCGUCGAGUCUCACUCUUUCUCUCUUUAUAUUCACAUUUCCUGAUAGUCUCGUGUCAAACACUCGUCGACCUCCGUUCUGUUUAUUAUUAUCAUUUUUCUCUUCAUCAUCUCAACUUGAAUCGAGGAAAAAUUGUUUCUUCAUCACCGAAAAGUAGAGAAUAUUUUUUUCUUUCUCUAUUUUCCAACAAAUUUUCACCUCUACUCUUCCCGAGAAAAAGUUCUUUUCUCUCUUAUUCUAAUUCUAUCGUGUGUCAUCUUUAUUCUCUAUGUGUGUCUUACCUUCCAUGUCUGUGUGUUGGUCAGCAUAGUUCAUCAUCUUCAGUGCGUGUUGCUCAUCACCAUCACCAACAACACACACACACACACACAGACACACAGUUAGUUAUCUAACUUAUUACUACCGGUGACAGAAUCAUCUUCAAUAUUGUUUUCUUUUUUUGUUAAUAUUUCUCUUCCUAGUCAACAUCAUGCAUCCUCUUCAUCUUCACCAUCAACAACAACAACAACAACAGAAUCAUCAACAAAUUCAUCAUCAUGAUCAUCAGUCUCAUCCUUCAUCCUCAUCUAAUCAUCAAGGUGAUAUAUUGAAUCGCAAACGAAGAAGAGGAAUGGUAGAGAAAAAGAGACGCGACCGAAUCAAUGCUUCUCUCAAUGAACUUCGUCGACUUGUUCCUGCCGCUUUCGAGAAGCAAGGGUCAGCUAAACUGGAGAAAGCUGAGAUUCUUCAGAUGACCGUUGACCAUUUACGAAUGUUACAUUCUAAAGGUUUUGAUACAUUUUCAUUCGAUCCUCAUUCAUUUGCAAUGGAAUAUCAUAGAAUCGGUUUCCAUGAGUGUAUUAAACAAGUUGAAAAUUAUCUCUCUAGUUGCGAAGGCCUUGAUCAUCAUGAUCCAUUGAGAUUCCGUCUUUUCACUCACCUUAAUCGUUACGCUUCUCAGCGAGAAUCUUUUCUCAAAUUAGCUUCAACUGCCACUUGGAAUCCUAAAGCAUUUACAACUCCCUCACAAUUUAUUCCAAUCUCUAAUUCAACAACAACUACCUCAUCAACUUCAUCCUCAUCAUCAGCAAGUUCGGCAACAAUUACCACUGGAAUUGAUCCCGUCGCACCUUCGGCAACUCCGGUGUCAACAGCAUCCGGUGAAAAUGUAAACAUUUUAGAUUCUAAUUCACCACAAUACAGUGUAAACGCUGUCAGUUCAACCGAUUCAAAUAAUAAUAAUAAUAAUUCCGGUGGAAAUCAAGUUUCAAGUGAUUCAUCACCAACUUCAUCUUCUGGUCAUCAAUCCUCACCAAUGAAAUCACCACCAUCACCAUCAUCAUCAAGUGCUUAUGGUUCAUCAAUAUCUCAAAUGAGUUAUCCAACUCACCAAUAUCCCGGUUAUCAUCAUCCCCAUCAUCCAAAUCAUCCACAUUAUCCCUCUCAUCCUCCACCACCACCACCACCCCCACCCCAUCAUCACCAUCAAAUUUCCCACCAUCCUCACCAUCAACCACCACCACCACCACAUCAUCAUCAUCAUCACAAUGUACAUCAAUAUUUACCCGCUGGUUACCCGCCCCCACCCCCAUCAGCAUCAUUUCCAAUUCAUGAUCAAACACAAUUAACUGGAGUUAAAUACUGUCGACCCUGGGGAGGAACUGAACUUGCUUAUUGAACAAAAAAGAGAAUAGAAAAAAAAUCAAACUCGAUUUAAGAAGAAAAAAGAAAUCAACAAGUUGCAAAUCUCUCAUCAUCAUCAUCACCAUGAAGAAAGAAAAAAAAAGAAUUCAAUCAACUGAAUAACCACAAUUACUCUUCAAUAACCAAAUUCAACAAUUUAAACAAAUUAUCUUUUAAAUUUCAAUUGUUCUUCGUUAAUUUCGCUAAUCAACUAAUUGAGAAGUUCAAACAAAACGAUUU